AUGAUUCCAUGCCGCUACGCAGCUUAUUGUCCAUCACCAUUGAUACCACAAAAAGGAUUUUGUCAGACAAAUGCUCAAUGUCUAAAUAGGCCACCCACACAAUUUGAAACACUGGGUUGCGGUGGAUCAGUUAUCGAAGGGUUUUGCCCAAAUCAGACAUACUGUCCAAAUGCCUCUGUUAGUAUACCAUGUACAAAUCAAUAUUGCCCUGCAGGUAUAGUGGAACCGUUGAAAUGUCCGGGCUUUAUAUGCGCGAACGGGGUAUUAUUAAAGAAAGUAACAUUGAUUGUCACAGUUUUAUCAACUGUUAUAUCUGUUCUACUAUUGCUAAGUUUCUGGUUAAAAAUUAAAAGAAUUAUAACAGAGAUAUGCAAAAUGAAACGAACUGUUUGCUAUGCACCAUUGGUAGUUGAUCGUCAAACAAGUAACGAAUCAACAAGAGAUAAUGAUAUGAUUAGCAACUAUUUUCGACCUUUCACGGACCAUGAGCAAACUACAUCAGAUAAAAUUGAAAUUAAUGUGCAGUUUCAAAAUGCUCAACUCGAUAUACCUUCAUGGGAUUCGAAAAAUCGGGGAUUAACAGGAACAAUAAAAGCUGGUCAGUUAACAGCCAUUCUUGGCCAAUCUGGAUGCGGGAAAACACAAUUUUUAUGUGUAAUACAAGGUCGUACUCGUUUGAAGAGUGGACAAAUAUCAGUCAAUAACCAUGAUCCAUUUGACACUCGACUAUCGAAUCUAGUUGGUUACGUUCCUCAAGACGAUAUUUUACAUCAAGAUUUAACAGUCUUCGAAACGGUUUAUUAUUCGGCUCGAGCAAGGCGUUUAAAUGUUAAUCCAUUGACGAUUAAACAUGAUGUUCAUUUUAUCCUAGGAAAAUUAAAUAUGAAUCGAAAACUAAAUGAACAAAUUCAACAUUUAUCAGGAGGACAACGAAAACGUGUCAAUAUUGCAAUGGAAAUAGCUGCAUGUCCUAAAUUGUUAUUACUCGAUGAGCCAACCAGUGGUUUGGAUAGUUUUAUUUGUGAAAAACUAUUUUCUUUGUUAAGUCUCAUUAAACAUAGUCAAGAUGGUCCCGUUAAUAUCAUCAUGGUUAUUCAUCAACCUGGUCAAGAAUUAUUUAACCAAAUUGAUCAUGUUCUCUUCUUUACGCCAAAAUGUUAUUUAGCUUAUCAGGGAAGAAGAACCGAUGCCUUAACAUUUUUAAAAAAAAAAUCAAGAAUGGAUAUAUCAGAUGCAAUUCCAUUAUUAAACACAUGUGAUGAAUGUAUCUAUACUCUUCGGCAUUAUCCAGACAUUAAUCAUUAUGUUGAGACGACUGACGAAUUUGUUCUCAAUCCACUGUCAUCAUCAUUAUGUUCUUGUCCAACCUUAAAUGUGAUAUUUAAACCCAUUGUGUAUUUAAUAUAUCGUACUAUGACGCAACUAUGUUAUCGAAACUGCUGUACAGAAGUGAUUUAUGCGAUAUCCUAUUUCAUAUUAGGCUUAAUUGUGGGAAUAUUAUUUGAUAUUGAAACUCAAUCGUGUAACAUUAAUGUAGUGCCAUCCAUCUAUUUUAUGAUUAGUUUGGCAUUUGGUGCUGCAACGUGUGUGUCUAGUCAGCGUUUAUUUGGGGUAGAAAUUGUAAAUCAAACAUUUGUUCGUGAAUCUCGUAAUUACUAUCAUCCUGUACAAUACUGGAUAGCAAAAACCAUAGUCAGUAGUCUAUACAUUGUUUUAUAUCCAGUAUUAUUUUUAACUUUAUUGCAUAUUGAAAUCCAACCACGAGCUAGUUUUAAUCAAUAUUAUUCUGUUUUAUUGUUAAUGUCAUUUUCAUGUUCAGGUAUCGGUCAACUUGUGUCCGUUUUUUUUAACCGCACAGAAGAUUCUUAUCUAGCUGGUACAAUAAUUGCGUUAAUUUCAUGUUUAAUUAGUGGAUUCAAUCCAACAAAAAAUGGUCCACAUGCUAUUAAAGGAGCUGUCUAUCUAUCAUAUUCAAGACAUGUACAACGACAAUUGUUCAUAUUUGAUAUGGAAAAAUAUAUUCAAAAUAACAACACCACAAAUAAUUUAUGGCAUACACAAAUCGAGCAAUUACGUCGUUAUUAUUCAUACAACGACGAUGAACACUCUGUUUUAAGUUUAUUAAUCAUUGGAACUCUAUGUCGUUUACUCACCAUUGCUUUUCUAUACGCAAAGUCAGAAUACAGAUCAAUAUGGCGAUAUCAGGUAUCAAGAAUACCUCACAAAGCCAGGUCAUUCUGUAAAUUUUCUCACCAUUCGUUGGCGAGUGGGUUUGAUAUUCCUUUGGAAUCUAUUUUUGUUUAAUAAAUUAAAUCUUCUUGUUUUGUGUGAAAGUAUGAAUAGUAAAUGUUUCUAUUUCAUUUAAACAUAAACAAGAUAUGAACUGAAUUCAACACAGUUUCUAAAACUGUAGUUCAACAAAAGGCAAAGAUUAACGUAAGCAAACUUGUGAAAUGCAAUUUUAUCAUCAACACUUCCAAGAAGAAAGCAUCAUCUUUUUUGAAGUUCAAAGAUGUUUCUCCAUGAUGUUAUACCAGGAAAGAACGAAUCCUUUUGACGGCUCCUCAAGGAACGUGAUCGCUAUUAAUUAUGUUAUAUUUUUUGAGAGAAUUUAUUUUUUACAAUAUGUCAGAGAGCUCGGAUUUUUCAUCCAACAAUCACGCAAUGGAGUAAGCAAAUUUAUGCUUAUUUAACCCAACUUUGAAACUUUACUUUUGGCUGCAUGGGAUGAAGGGCAGCUCAAACUAUCAAUCUAUGUACAAAUCAGAGCUUGCUAAGUAGUACUGUGACAGAAAAAACGUAUACCAAACAAGAGCAUAUUCGAGUAUGUGAUGGAAAACUGCAUAGAUCCAUGUAUACUAUUUCUUAGUUUAGGGCGCGAUUAUGUUGCAAAGUGUUAUAGUAUGCAUGGUUUUCCGGUCAUUUCUCCUUUAAUUAAUGUAGAAAGAUCGACUUUUUAAAACUUUACUUUACAAGCUUUAGAUUCUAAACUCGUUCACAAGGUUAAAGGAUGGUCGAUAAUGAUGAUGGUCAGUUAUAGUGGCAAAAGAAAGCAUAUUCUAGUCUAACGUAUAUUUUUUCAAACUCUAACUAUGAUGUUUAUGAUCAUGAUGGUCGAAAACAUAUAGGCUACUACAUUUUGAAAAAUACUGUCCAUACCCUAGACAUCAAAAACUUUGUACACGAAUAUAACUAGAACAAAUAUGUUCAUAAUGCUAGAAGACUGAUGCCAUGCUUAGUUUAUUUGUCAGUGCUCAUAAUCUGUUUCAUAUGAUAAAAUCCAUUAUGGCUACUUUUCGCCUUUUGUAGCCCAAAAAUACCAUUGUUGAUUGAACAAUUGUCAUGGAAAUUUUCAACUGUAUAAAUAGCUCCGAUCUCUAUUCGAUACUUGCCCGUUUGAAUACAAGAUUUCGCAUCAUAGUUUGUCGUAUGCCA